AUGACCCCCACACUCAAAGCACUGCUGUAUCUUGGGGCCUUCUCUAAACCCACAAUCAAGGUGGUGCCAAGCAAUGUGGUGACCAUUGGGCAACAGGUGACCAUCUUCUGUGAAGGGUCUUUACAUGGAAAAGAAUACCAUCUCCACAAAGAAGGAAGUCCAGAUUACCUGAUACCAACAACCCUUCUAGAAACUGAAAAGAAGGCCAAGUUCUCUAUCUCACCGAUUCAAUGGAAUCAUGCAGGUCAAUACUGGUGUUCCUAUAAAACCCCAACUAACAUGUUACAAGAAAGUGACAUCAUGGAGCUGGUGGUGACAGGAGUUAUCCUCGGUGAAGUCAGGCUGUCUGCCCUUCCCAGCUAUGUUGUGACUUCAGGGGGAAAUGUGACCCUUCAGUGUGCAUCACAAGCUCCAUAUAAUAGGUUUAUUCUAAUGAAGGAAGAUGAGAAAUUCUCCACUGUGGUGCCCUCAUGGCAAACAUACCCUGCAUUACGACGAGCCCUUUUCACAGUGGGUCCUGUUACCUCCAACCAAAGGUGGAGGUUCACAUGCUAUGGAUAUUACUUGAGUAACUCCCAGUCGUGGUCAAGGCCCAGUAACCUCUUAGAACUCCUGGCCCCAGGGACCCUCCAGAAACCCACCUUGUGGGCUGAGCCGGGUUCUGUGAUCCAAUCAGGGAAUUCUGUGACCAUUUGGUGUGAGGGGACCAUGGAAACCAACAUAUAUUUCCUGUAUAAAGAAGGAAACACAUUUUCCUGGCUCAAACAAACUCCAAAGCAGCCUGGUAACAAGGCCAUGUUCUUCAUUGCAUCCAUGAGAAAGCAUAAUGCAGGGCAAUAUCACUGUUACUGUUACAAUUCUGGUGGGUGGUCACAGCACAGUGACACACUGGAGCUGAUGGUGACAGAUGUACACCAUGGCAAACCUAUUCUUUCAGCCUUUCCCAAUCCUGUGGUGACCCCAGGAGUUAAUGUGACCCUCCAAUGUGUCUCCUCAAAAAAAUAUGAUUGGUUCAUUGUGACUGGGAAAGAUUUGAAGUUCUCCAGGUCCCAGAAGGCACAGUUCAUAGACACUGGGAAGUCCCAGGCCCUGUUCUCUGACAUCUCUGUGGCAUUUAGCAAGAAGGGGCCCUUUAGAUGUUAUGGAUACAAUGCAAGUACCCCAUAUGUGUGGUCAGAGGCCAGUAACCAUCUGGAGAUAUAUGUUUCAGGGUUGUCAAGGAAGCCCUCCCUGCUGAACCAGCAAGGCCCUGUUCUGGCCCCUGGAGCAGACCUGACACUCCAGUGUUCCUCUGAGACCAGUUAUGACAGAUUUGCUCUAUCCAAAGAGGGUAAAAGUGACCUCACACAGCUCGUUGUCAAUCAGUCACAGACUGGACAAUAUUAUGCCAACUUCACCUUCGGUUCUGUGGAUUUCUCUAUUGCUGGCCAAUAUAGAUGCUAUGGUGCAUCCAGAUCUUCUUCUGAGUUGUCAUCCCCUAGUGUCCCUCAAGACAUCCUGGUCACAGGACAUCCUCAUAUCACACCCAAUCUGUCAGUGCAUCCAGGCACCAUUGUGUCCUCAGGAGAGAAUGUGACCCUUCUCUGUCAAUCAUCAAUCCCAAUGGACACUUUCUUUCUGUUCAAGGAUGGUGCUGCCUAUCCUUCUAUGCAUCAGAGAUUAAAGUUCCAAGAUCCGCAAUGUGAGGCAGAAUUCUUCCUGAGUGCUGUGACCCCAGUCCUUGGGGUCUCUAUAUGUGCUUUGGUUCUCAAAGCUCAUCUCCUUACCUGUUGUCACACCCCAGUGUUCCUGUGGAGAUCAAAGUCUCAGCCUGUCACUUAUGAUAUCACUUGUGUCCUAGGACUGGCAAGGUCCCAGAAGUCUAUGAUAUGGGUCUCCGUGGUCUUCCUCCUACUGCUCAUUGUCCUCACCCUCUUUUUCCUCAGACUCUGCCACCAGAUCAAGCACAGGAAGGGAGAUGCUACUGUGAAGGUCACAAGGCCUGCAGACAGUGUGGAGCUAGACAUACUGAGCCAACAUGAGGAUGACACGUCCGUACACUUGUAUGCCCAGGUGAAACCUGCUAGACUCAGAAGGGCACAGACCACCUCUUCUUCCCUGUUGCCAAAGGAGUUACAGGACUCAAAACACAGACAGAUGAACAGAGACCAAGUGAUAGAUGAGCAGGCUGAUACAUCCCAGAAUCUUCAUGAUGUGACCUAUGCCCAGCUGCGCAUCAUGACACCAGGACAGGCAAACCUCCCUCUUUCCAAGAAGAAAAUGCUGAGCUGAGAUCCUUCUCUGAU